CUUAUCCUUCUCCUCCAUCUCCUUCUGCUCCUCCUUCUCCUCCUUCAUAUUCUCCAUCUCCAUCCUCCUCCUCCUCCUCCUCUUUCUUCUUCUUCUUCUUCUUCUUCUUCUUCUUCUUCUUCUUCUUCUUCUUCUUCUUCUUCUUCUUCUUCUUCUUCUUCUUCUUCUUCUUCUUCUUCUCAGUCAAUGUAA